AUGGCAACGUUCAUCAAAUCCUAUUCCAUCAUCCCCAAGGAGCUAUUCCGUAUCAACAAUGGUCCCGCUGUUCGCUUGCGUGCGCACCCUGGUCCUCAGAGGCCACUUGGUCUAUUUGAUCUGUUAACCUACAGGGGAAAGGUCAAGCCGAAAGCACUCAGCCCAACCACAUACAAGCCGCCUAAUGGCGCUUCGAUUCGACCAAAUACCCCAAAGAUGCAUAGACUUGUUGGCACCCUUAGGGGGGCGUCAACUUGCAUUUACUCAAUUCCGGCAGGGGUCUAUCUUCCUGAUGGACUUAUUCUUGUCCAUGAGUUCAAGGAUCAUUACUCUCUGCAACCAAGGGUGGAGAUGACAGUAGAUGACUUGAAUAAUAGGAUCACAGACUUUCUCCAGUCAGAAGGCGAAUGUUGGACAAAGGAAGAAUGGCUGUUGCAGUACCCAAAGCCCACACAGACUGAGUGA